GUAACUCUUUGUUGAAAUACUCGACAGUAAAUGAAAUUUCUUCCACAAACAUUUAAAAGUGAACUGAAAAAACCACAAGUAUUUUAAAUGGAUUUCGUGGCCAAUACUGACGAGCGUUUUGAUGUGUGCGAGAAGUUUAAGAAAUGGUCGCAUAUAUCGGAUAUUAGCGAUUAUGAGCGCAUUUACAACCUCUCAAUCCAAGUGCCGAACGCCUUCUGGUUAAACAUUGCGAACCAAUUCUAUUGGCAAAAUGACAUCCAAAAGGACUCAAUCUUUUCCUAUAAUUUCGAUGUACAUAAGGGUCCGAUUGAUGUCCAGUUCAUGAAGGGUUGCAAAACCAAUGCCUGCUAUAACUUAAUCGACAGAAUCAUUAAAUCAGGUUUGGGUGAAAGGACUGCAUAUAUUUGGAUUGGAAAUGAUUUAAAUCAGAAGAAGAGUAUAACAUAUAAUGAACUGAAGCGAGAAAUAUGCAAAUUCGCAAAUGUGCUCAAGAGUCAGGGCAUUAAAACCGGUGAUAGAGUUGCCAUAUAUUUGCCGGUCUCGAUAGAGCUGGUGGUGGCAAUGCUCGCCUGCGCCCGUAUCGGUGCCGUCCAUACGGUUGUGCUUAUGUCCGAUGCGAGCGAUGAGUGCGAACCCGUAUGGCUGGACGGAGAGGACCCGCUCUUCAUUCUGUAUACGAGCGGAAGCACUGGUAAACCCAAAGGUGUCGUUCACACAAUCGCUGGAUAUAUGCUAACAACUGCUCUGGUCUUCAAAUACGCUUUCAAUUACAAAGACGGCGACAUCUUUUUCUGCACCGCAGACUUGGGUUGGAUUACUGGCCACACGGCCAACGUUUACGGCCCGCUGGCCAAUGGGGCCACAGCUGUGCUCUUCGACGGUAUACCCACUCAUCCAAGUGCGGACAGAUUUUGGCGUAUAAUCGAUGAGAACAAAGUGAAUGCCUUCUAUACGGCGCCGACAGCUAUCAGGACUUUAAUGAAAUUUGGUGACGAUUUAGUGACAAAGUAUGAAAUGUCUGAAUUG